AGAGUACAUAAUGCUGGGCCACAAGACACCAGGCUGAUGUGGCUAAGGAAAAGGCCUGACUUUCAUUGUGAGAAGAUCGCCCAUUGUCUGACUGCAAACACUGCGACAGAGUGAUAUUUGUUGGAGCAUUACAGCAACGCUAAUUCCAUGACGACCUCUGUUGAAGUAUCUCCUCCAUGUUUGGAGCCCAAAUAAUGUUUGCCUCAGUUUAAGCCACAAGGAAAGGGGUAAAAUUUGCUUUAGCAGCCAACAAGCCUUCAGAAUAUUUGAAAGAUGGCGACCUUUGAUGUUGCAGACCUUGUCCUUUUUGUAAAUGGCAGAAAGAAGGUGCUCAUGAAUCCAGACCCUGAGAUGACACUGAUACAAUACCUGAGAAGUGAAUUGCAACUAACUGGCACAAAAAAAGCCUGUGGAUCAGGCCAUUGUGGGGCAUGUACUGUUAUGGUGUCCCAGUACUUACCUGAUACUAAGUCAGUCCACCAUUACAGUGUCAAUGCCUGUUUAUUGCCCUUGUGUUCUAUUCAUGGUAUGGCUGUCACUACAGUAGAAGGGAUUGGGAGUCUUCGUACAUUGCUGCACCCAGUACAAGAAAGGAUAGCUUCAGCACAUGGAACACAGUGUGGUUUCUGUACACCAGGUUUCGUCAUGUCCAUGUACACUCUGCUGCGGAACAAUCCAAGGCCUACUCUUUCCCAUUUAAACUCAGCUUUUGAUGGAAAUCUUUGCCGUUGCACUGGUUAUCGACCCAUACUUGAAGGAUAUAGAUGCUUCACAGAGGAAGAGUGUUGUGGAAAGGCUAAAAACUGCUGCCAGAAGAGAGAUGUAAACUCAACAGUUAAGACUAUAGAUGGAAGAGGAGAUGAAAGUUGUUUCUAUGACCCUACACAAGAACCAAUCUUCCCCCCUUACUUGAUGUUAGAAUGGCAACACCUCCAUGGCCAGCCUUUGAAAUUUGUGGGACCACGAGUCACAUGGUACCGCCCCACUUCGCUCAGGACACUGCUGGACAUUAAGAAAGACAACCCAAACUGUCACUUGAUUGUUGGCAACACCACCAUAGGCCUUGGAACUCAUUCAGACAAGUCUUUCAAUUUUGUGGUUGUGGAAGCAUGUCAUGUCAAGGAGCUCACGGCAAUAGAAAAAGAAGAGACCGGUAUCAAGUUUGGUGCUUCUGUUACAUUUGCAUCUAUGGAGAGAGCUCUGAGAGAUGUUGUUGAGUUUCUUCCAGAGGAAAAAGCACGUGUGGCUACUGCCUUUUUGGAAAUGUUGCUUUGGUUUGGUUCAAAUCAGAUAAGAAAUGUAGCGUCAAUAGCAGGAAACAUAUUGAGUGCCAGCCCAACAUCAGACCUAAAUCCUUUGCUACUGGCUUGUGGGGCCAUUCUUGAAGUUUCAAACACUGAUGGUGAAAGGCAUACGGUGAAGAUCGAUCAUUCAUUUUUCAAGGCUAACAAGCAGACAGCUAUUGCUGCAAAUGAGAUUGUUCUGUCUGUCUUUAUACCCUUUUCUACACAGAAUGAGUAUCUGUAUGGUUACCAGCAAGCUACUCGUAAAGAGUGUGAUGUGUCUAUUGUGAAUGCUGGCAUGCAAGUGAUGCUGGACACACGGGACAGAGUUAGUAAACUGGUGAUUGCCUUUGGAGGCUUGGCAGACACUACUGUUGUAGCUGCUAAUACAAUGGAAAAGUUAAUUGGCUGUACAUGGAAUGAGGAUCUUCUUCAUCAGGCGUGUGCACUUCUAAGCUCUGACUUUCCUUUAAAAGAGGGUCCAGAGUAUGACAUGGUGCAGUACAGAAAGACUCUAGUAGUCAGCUUUUUCUUCAAGUUUUACUUGACUGUUCUUCACAACCUGCAGCAGAAAGUGUCAAGUAAUCGUAUAUGUUCAACUGACAUGAGCGCUAUCAUGCCCCUGGAACGAGAAGCAGUAAAAAGCUUGCAGCGGUUUGAGCCUGUUCCUGAUACACAGUUGCCAAAUGAUGCAUUGAGAAGACCUUUGGUGCAUGAAUCUGCCUACCAGCAGGCCACUGGAGAAGCUCUAUAUCUUGAUGACAUGGCUCCCAUGAAAGGAGAGCUUUAUAUAGCGUUUGUGCUCAGCAGCAAAGCUCAUGCAAAGCUGGUAAAUGUGGAUCCUUCGCUGGCUUUGAAAAUGCCUGGUGUUGUUGAUUUUAUUUCCCAUGUGGACAUUCCAGGGAAGAAAGUGUGGGGUACCUUUCAAGAUGAUGAAGUGUUUGCCAUCUCAGAGGUUAUAUACAAAGGGCAACCAGUAGGGGCAGUUCUGGCAGACACAGUGGUCAGAGCUCAAAAUGCAGCCAGUGCUGUGGUGGUAGAGUAUGAGGAGUUGGAUUCCAUCAUUACAAUUGAAGAUGCAAUAGAAAAGAAAUCCUUUUUUGAUUACAAUCCAUGCAUUGAGAAAGGUGAUGUGGAAACUGCAAUGGCAUUAGCUGAAAAUGUCCUGGAAGGAGAGUUCACUGUUGGUGCUCAAGAACAUUUUUAUCUUGAGACAUUUUCAGUGAUCGUAUAUCCGGGAGAAGAUGGGGAGCUAGAGGUCUUUUCGAGCACGCAAAAUCCUGCUGGAGUUCAGCAAGCAUUGUCAGCAGUGCUGGGACUUCCUUUACACAAAGUGACUGUACGCACUAAGAGAAUAGGUGGGGGAUUUGGUGGCAAGGAGUUACGGGCACCACUUGUUGCACUGCCUGCUGCUGUUGCUGCUGUGAAAUGUGGCCGUCCUGUCCGCUGUAUUUUGACACGGGAAGAAGACAUGGUUAUGACAUCACAAAAGCAUUCUGUUCUUGCUAAGUACAAGAUUGGAUUUUCAUCACUGGGUCAGAUUAAAGCAUUGGAUUGUCAGUUCUUUCUCAAUGGUGGAUGUUCUGUGGAUAUUUCAUAUAAAGUCCUUGACAAGACUAUUGUGGACUCUGAUUUCUGCUACAUGAUUCCAAACUUGAGGGCAAGAGGGCAGGUGUGCAAAACAAAUCUUCCUACUAGAUCUUCCUUUAGAGGCUUUGGUACUCCGGAAGCCAUGCUUUUGAUAGAGACAGCUUUGUACAAGGUGGCUACAUAUCUCAACAUGAAUUUUGAAGAGUUAAGAGAGCUUAACUUCUACAAAGAUGGGGAUACAACCCACUACAAUCAGGUCCUGGAGGAGUGUAAUAUAAAGCGAUGUUGGGAGGAAGUCAUAACCCAGAGUAACUUCCACCAGAGGCGGCGACAAGUAAAUCUCUUCAACAGUGAGAAUAGAUGGCACAAGCGAGGAAUUUGUUUGUCUCCCAGUAAAUUUGGUUUGGGCUUCUUCUUACCAAUCCAGAAUCAGGCUGGUGCUUUGGUAAAUUUAUACAUAGAUGGUACUGUCUUAGUAGCCCAUGGAGGGGUAGAGAUGGGACAAGGGCUGCACACAAAAACUAAGCAGAUUGCAAGCAAUGUUUUUCAAGUCCCAGCAUCAAAAAUAAGAGUGAAUGAGACAUCAACCAGUGUGGUACCCAAUGCAUCACCUACCGCUGACAGCCUCUCCUCUGACCUCUAUGUUGUUGCUGUAUUAAAUGCAUGCAACAUUCUUCGUGAACGACUGAAGCCAAUUCAAGAGCAAAAUCCUGGAUGUAGCUGGGAAGAAUUGAUCGCAGCAGCAUACAAUGCAAGAGUGAGUUUAUCUGCAACAGGGUUUUACAAGACUCCUGAUGUUUCAUAUGAUGUGAAGACCAACACUGGCCGUCCCUAUGCAUGCUACACUUUUGGAGCAGCAUGUACAGAAGUGGAAAUAGACUGUCUUACUGGAGAUCACCAGGUUCUGAGAACUGACAUCAUUAUGGAUGUGGGAAAGAGUCUGAAUCCUGCCAUUGAUAUCGGACAGAUAGAAGGUGCUUUCAUGCAGGGAUAUGGGAUACUCAUGCUGGAAAAGCAUGUGGUACAGCCUGAUGGCACUCUGCUGACCAGAGGAAGUGACACAUAUAAAAUCCCUUCUAUGGGCAACAUCCCGCAAAGCUUCAAUGUCAGCCUUCUCCAAGACAGUGGAAAUACCAGGGCUUUCUAUUCAUCAGAGGGUAUUGGUGAACCAGCUAUGCUGCUUGCAGGAUCCGUAUUCUUUGCUGUAUGUGAUGCCAUCAAAGCAGCGCGUGAAGAUGAGGGGCUUGACCCAGUCUAUGAUAUGAAUAUACCAGCUACACCAGAUAGAAUUCGAAUGGCCUGUGUGGAUCGUUUUACGAACAUAGUGUGAAUAUUAUGGGUGUACAUGAACUCAUGAUUUCUGUUUGAGAAGAUAAUUGAGCAUGUUGUCAUAAAUUUUGGAUAGUAUGCAUGAGCUAAUACUGUGAAAACCAUUGUGGGAUUGUGAAAUAUAUUUAGAGAAAUUGUUACUUGGUUUGAAUUUUAUGAAUUUAGGUUAUAAAUAAGUUUAAAUAUGAACCAUGACACAAAUAUAAAAUUUAUCAAGUUUUUUUGGUAGAACAUUUUUGUUAUUUUUUUAUCAAAACAAUAUUUCUGCCACUUUUACAUCUUGCCUAAAAUGCAAGAGAAUCUUAAAAAAUGCUGGAUGACAGAUACAAUUAAAAAAAAAACUUAGAUACAGGCCUACACAGAUGGAUAAGCCACAGAGGCAAGUGGGACAGAUGGAGCAGGAAUAUACAUUGAAUAUCCAAAUGGACAGAAACAACCACCAGCACAGGCCUCCACUGCUUUAACUACAAAGCUGAAGAAGCAAGAAGACAAUGGGAUCUGUAUCACGGAUAUGCAAACCAUAAUCAAAUCCAUCCCUAGACCAUGACUGCAACAAGCAGCUAUUCAGACAGGAAAAAAGUGACUUUAGACUUUGAACUAGGCACAAAAUAUAGAGUUAACGAACAGAGCUAUCUUAGACGUACCAUUCCAGAACAGGCUGCAGAAUACUCUCCCGGCCUGCAAUAAUUUUCUUGGGAGAUAUGGUCGUAGCUGUAUGCGUGAAUGGUGAUUCUUCACAAGACCACCAAUUAAGUUCCAGAGAAGAUUAAGCCUCCAAGUGUCGAGACAAAUGGCAUACGAAAGUGUACAUUUUUUGUGACUUUAUAUAUAUAUAUUCUUAAAUGUCUAAACUUACCCAGGUAUAAACAAUUUUAUCUGUAUUUCAUCUGUUAUUUUCUUCAUUCCAUUUCGUUAUGCUAGAAAAAAGACUAUUUUUUGUUUCAGGAGAGCAAGGGCUGAGGAGAUGUACUAUUUCACCAGAGAAAUAAUUAUAUAGCUGUAAAUUUGAAACUGCGAAGUACUUUAAGAUACAAAUGUCUAUCAUUUUAACUUUAUAUAAGCAGUAAAUGUUGAUGUCAUGGAAAAAUUACUGUAAAUACAACAUGAUAAAACUUCAUCUUUUUUUUUUUUUUUUGCUGCUAUAGCGGUGACAGAAAUAAAAGUUGUAGUCUUUAACACAUC